AUGACCGCUAUGCCCCUCAAUAGCCCAGAAGGCAAUGAUAAUGACUCAGGGAUUCAGGGUCCUACUCCACUAGAGUCACAGGAACCAGCCUCUCUGAAUAUGGCAGCAGAGCGCAAGAAACGUACGCGCACUGGCUGUCUGAACUGCAGCCGCCGGCGCCGAAAAUGUGACGAAGCGAAGCCUACUUGCACGGGCUGUAAGCGUCGAGGUGAAGAAUGUCAGUGGCGCAUGGUCGGAGCCUUCCGUGAUUCCAAUAUCAAGGUUCUAGAAUCAGACCACCCUUCGAUGAGCCAGGGUGUGGCGGUGAGCAAGAACAAGCGUCAGGGCAGAUUCAAGAUUUUGAAUAAUGCCGCGAAAGCUCCGAGGACCAGGAGCGCCAAGCCCCAGGAUGUCGAAGCUUCAGAGCAAAGACCAGUUCCUGAACCGUCCCUGACCCCUGCUACAGAUGUCGGGGCCACUUCCGUAUCUGCAGCUACUUCUGGAGGUGUCUCGAGCCCCACUCAGCCUUUGAUCGCCCAGGGGGCUCCCAGCCCCAGUUCGGCGGUCAAUCAAGGGCUAUCACCACCCUACUCUAGUGAUACGUCACACCCAUCUCGAAGCAUAGACCCUGAAUCUUCGAAUCAUGUUGGACAUGAGAUGAAUGGCAAUCGACUGGAUACCCAGCCAGUCUCCCCGCAGUCUCACUUUCCACCAACCAUACGAUGCGACUUCAACACUCUUCCGCAAUCCAGGGACGACUCGUCACAUUGCUAUAAUUCCAGCCCGGAGUAUAUGAUCGAUGAUUUGAGUGGUCUCAGCGGCUUCCAACACAGUGCUCAGUUCCGCUCCUCUGUGAAUGGCUCCUAUCAAACAGUACAAUCACCACUGUUCGAUCAUAGCGUCUUCUCCGACCCAGCAGAUCUCAUCAACGAUGUCUUCCUACCAGGCUCUGCUUAUGAAGCACUCCAUACGACGCUAAGAAAUCGUCAGCUAUGGACAGCUCGGCCGGAUAUCCCUACUCGACGCAGUUCUCAUGACUCCGUAUCUCUGGCGAACACCCCCACAGCAUUCAGCGACACUGGUUCCUUUACGAGAGCCGAGAGACAAACUCGGCGUUUCGAAUCAGGAAGACGCUUCUUUGAACUGUCACCUGAAAGAGAACAUAUUCUGUGGGAAAACUAUCUCAACGAAAUUUGCGCAUGGCUUGAUAUGUUUGAUAACCACCGUCAUUUCGCUUCCACUUUCCCCCAGAUGGCCAAGUCCUCGGCACAUCUCCGUUACUCGAUAUUGGCGUUGUCUGCCCGACAGCUAGAGCGACAGAAGAACCAAAAAUCUCAGUCGGAGAGCCUCUCAUUAUACCAGGAAGCCAUUCAUCUCCUUUUGCCCGAGCUAGGGAGCAAGAGUACUCCUGUCAUAGCUUCAUGUGUUAUUCUCUGUGUUUUGGAAAUGCUAAGCUGUAAUCCGAAAGAGUGGCGUCGCCAUCUAGAUGGCUGCGCAUAUCUCAUUCAAGCGGCUGGCAUCAACGGCUUCUCAGGGAAGGAGGAGCAAGCACUUUUCUGGUGCUUUGCUCGAAUGGACGUUUGCGGAGGUCUCAUCUCCGAAGAAGAAACCAUCAUACCUAUUCACAACUGGCGUCCCCUUGAGAUGAGCUACAACGAAGCUGCACAGACAUUCAUAUCCUCGGCCAAAACCAAUCUCGACACCUAUGCCAACUACACAGUGUACCUUGUCGCGCGAACCUUGAACGUUCUUUUCGGCUGCGCUUCAAAAAUGACCCAUCCUUGUACUUCAUGUCAAUCUGUGCCCUCUGACGAUGGCGAUCCAUAUAUGGAUCGAUGGGCGGAAUCAUUUGAUCGGGUCGAGGCAUGGUAUGAGAACCGUCCUGCGCAAAUGAAGUCUGUCUUCAGUGUUGCUGCAUCUGAGCGAGAAAUGGACCGUGCAUUCCCGAUCACCUUCGGCUGCUGGACGAAUGCACUCCAACCCCUGUGGAUAGCUGGUAAAGCUAUGUCGCAUCACUCCGAGCAUACGGCCAUUGUCGAAACAUUGGUUAGAAUUGAACGCGAGACCGGCUGGGCUACCGCCUGGCGCGUUGAAGAUCUCAAAGAAUUCUGGGGCGAAUAUGACAACGAUGAAGACUGCGACAUGAACAUGGAUCAAUUCUGA